AUGAGCUAUUUCAUAAGCUCUCGCCAGUGUGGACGGGCGAGUUUCCAGCAGUUUUUGAAUAAUAUCGGCAUCGCCGAAACCAUUUGUGAAAACUUCAACAGCAAUAGCAUCCUGCUCCUUCUCGGAUCUGUCACCAUAGGCCACAGCCACUUUUCCUUAAAUAUCGUCCCGGAAAACAUGCAACGCCUCACCAGCCUGGCGUAUUCUCUGCCUCAGUUCCACUGCAACCGCUGCCGCAUGAUCGGAGGAAGGGCCGUACGCGCUCUCCAGCUCCUGUAG